AGUUUCGAUUUGACUUGCUUACAAUCUCACCUGCAGGCCGAGUGCUGGCUGUGGAUCAGUUGUCGGUAUCCGCGUAUUAUCCCCAUCACAAUGAUGAGCAAUGUUUCCAUAUCGUUUAUACUAAUUUUGUGUGUUAUGAAAACUGUUAACGCAAAGCAGCCACAUAUUUUAUUUGUGCUUGCGGACGACUACGGAUAUAAUGACAUUGGUUAUCAUGGAUCGGAAAUCAAGACCCCAAACCUCGACAAGCUGUCUGCUGAGGGUGUUAGACUGGAAAAUUACUAUGUACAGCCUAUAUGUACACCUACUAGGAGUCAACUUAUGUCUGGCAGAUAUCAGAUCCACACUGGAUUGCAGCACAGCAUAAUCUGGGGGCCCCAGCCCAAUGCCUUGCCAAGGGACAGUCCCAUUCUGCCAGACAAGAUGAGGGAGGCUGGAUACUCCACACACGCUGUAGGGAAAUGGCACCUGGGUUUCUACAAGGAGGAAUACCUCCCAAACAACAGAGGUUUUGACACGUUUCACGGUUUUUUGGCUGGAAGUGAAGAUUACUACACAAAAACACUAUGUUAUGGAAAACUUUGUGGAAAAGAUUUACGUGAUAACUUUGCAACAGUUGAACCAAAUACAAAGGAAUACUCGACAGAGAUGUAUAAUAAUCACGUUAUAGACAUGGUCAACAACUACAACUCCUCCAAGCCCAUGUUUAUCUACCUGGCAUUUCAAGCUGUCCAUGCUCCAUUACAAGUUCCCUCAAGGUACACAGACAAGUAUGCUCACAUCAAAAACUACAACAGACGGACAUACGCAGGUAUGGUGUCAGCCAUGGACGAGGCUAUCGGGAACAUCACAUCAGCAUUCCAGGCAAACGGAAUGUGGGAUGAUACCAUAAUGGUUUUCUCUACAGAUAAUGGUGGAGAAAUAAUAGCAGGAGGCAACAACUGGCCCCUAAGGGGCUGGAAGAGAUCUCUUUGGGAGGGAGGAAUGCAUGGUGUUGGAUUUGUGCAUGGGAAAGCCCUACAGAAAAAAGGGGGGGUGUCCACUGAACUCAUACAUGUGACAGACUGGUACCCGACACUGGUGGGACUGGCAGGAGGCUCGCUAAACGGCACCAAACCUCUGGAUGGAUUUGAUCAGUGGAAAACAAUCAGUGAAGGAGCUAAGAGUCCUAGAGAAACACUGCUUCACAACAUAGAUCCCCUGACCAAGCCUGUGGGAGAUAAACUGGAGGGGAGUCCAUUUGACAACCGUUACCGUGCCGCUCUCCGGUGGAGAGACUGGAAGGUGAUCACGGGUAGUCCAGGCAACGGCAGCUGGGUACCGGUGCCCACUGCUGAGGACACUAGAAUGGAUGUCUACACUGGUGAACCAACAAAGAACAUCUGGCUGUUCAAUAUUGCCAAGGAUCCAGUGGAAAGAGUCGACCUGUCAGCAGAUUAUCCCGACAUGGUGAUGAAGAUGCUGAUAAAGCUGCAGCAGCUGAAUGAGACAGCUGUACCUUGUGUCUAUCCUCCCUUUGACCCAAACUGCAACCCUGAAAUUCAUGGGGGCUGGUGGGGGCCAUGGGAAAAAUAAGAUUAAUAAGGUGAUGGGGCGUAGGGGGGAUGAGAAGAUGCAUAAUACAGUUCAUUCAUGCCCUAAUGAUAUAUUUCAUUGUGAGCAUACUUCAGUAUAAUAUAAUAGUUAAUACAUGUGAUUUCUGUGCCAUACUAUAACUUUCUAAGAAGUUAUGCUAUAAUCUUUUGUCAAAUUUUGAGAGUGACUUUUCUACUUUUUUCAGACAUUUACCCAUCAGCAGGCAACACCCUUAAGUGAGAUUAAGGUACAUUAAAUUGUAGUCUUUGCACUUCUCUAAGAUAAAAAUAAUGUGAUAUCAGAACAAAGUUCCUAAAUUGAAACAAGAAGGCACAGAUUUUUUCAAUUAUCACCUUAAUUUUAUUUAAGAAUAUUUCUUAUAUGUUGUCCACUGCAUGUAACAAAUAGUUACAGCUUUGAUCAAAUCACUUUGUACAUUUGAAAAUCGCUGGAUAUUGUUCCAGAAUUUCCUGUGAGGAGGCCAUGUCAAUCUACUGUUUGAUUUUAAUGACAACAAAAAAGUUAAUUGUUCAAGGUUUGUGAUCACUAAAACAUGAAAUGACCAAUUACCAUGUCCCAGGUAAGGUAACCUAUGUAGACAUAGGCAAUAUUUCUUAAAUCAUAUUUAUUGAAUGUACAUUUUGUAUGAACGGGUUCGUGUUUACUGAUGUGAUGUGCGAGUGUGAAGAGAGAGACGAGUUCUUUACUAAUUGCCUUUUGACCUGUUAUAAAAUUUCAAAGAAUCUCAAGAUAUUACUUUUGUGGUGAUAUCAAAGAAUUGGGUGGCAUUUUAUUUUAAAUGUUCUUACAAAGGUUUACAUAGUUCAAUAUUUUAUGCAAGGCAAAGGUUUUUGUUUUACAUCCUGAUAGUCACAGAUAAUUCUGUAGAUACAUUGCACUACUAUUGAUGUAUAAAAGCACAUUCCUAAAAUUGUCUUCGGUUAUAAAUCUCAUAUAAUUUUGUUUAUAAUUCAUUCAUUUAAGCAUAUUUUAUUGACAAUAAACGGUCAAAAGGAUUGGGCACAAGUUCUUACAACUUACUAGGCCCUCUACCAGUUAAUAAUAAGUACCUACAAUGUAUAUGCAACUCAUACUUGGAGCCUUUUCUGCUCUCGACUGUAUUUGCAAUUAGAUGUAUAGCUGUACUAAAUAAUUCAUAUUUUUUAUAAAAAUAUUCACUAAAUUAUGUGUGGUGAUAAAUAAAAUACAUUCCAAAUAUAACUGUCAUUUUUGAUGCUUUUGCAAAAUAAUGAUACAAUAUCUAAUGCAAGUUUAGUGUCACCAUAUUGUUGUAUUCAUGUGAAGGACCUAAAUGAUGACAGAUUCACUGACAUGAUAGAUAUUGUCAUCACUUGAAUGGUUUCUACAUUUAUGUUUUAUUAUUUUUGAAGAAUUUACCAACAUUUGAUAUUUUUUUGUAUUGCUGGUGAGAUUCUACAAAUGGGAAGUACAUUUGUUAUCAACUUUGUAUUUCUGAAGUUUCAUUCAGAUCUGAUGUUCUCUUAGUAUUGUUGGAGAGUUGACACUAGCACUCCAGUCUGAGGUUAUCAGCUUUGUUUUGCUGAAGACUUUCCUCAACUUUACAAUUUUUCUACAAUUUUAGUCCAGUCACACAUGUAAUGUAGAUAUUUGUUCACUUAAGCUGCAAUUGCAUGUAUGACUAUUUUUUGUAUUGUCCAUAAUUUUGAUUGUGAAAUUAUAAUCAAUGACCCAAUAUAAAAGUUUCUUGUUUUAUAAAUGUCAAUUAACUGUCGCUCGAGUACUAACCAUAAUGACAUGCAUUUAUUGAUAAUUUUUCUCAUACCUGUACGUAACUGAAAUUUCCAAACAGUUCUUCAGUCUGUUUAUCCUUACCUAGGAUGAGAUGGAGAAAUUUUCUAACGUGGGAUUAUUCUGUGAUAAGUGUGAUGAAACCUUUGACCAGAAUUUGGACUAGCAAGUUACACA